AUGGCAGGAUUCCUUAGAGGCGGCGGAUCCGGCGGUGCCGGCUAUGGCAGGGUCAGCGGUGGCGCUGGAGGCAAUAAUCCUUACGGCGACGGUGCCAGCAAUCCGUACACAUCUGCCCCCGCGUCAUCCGGUCGACAAGCCGCUGCUGGCUACAGUGGUGGUGGCGCAGGCUUCAGAGGCGCAGGCUUCGGUGGUGGCGCCGGUGCAGGAGGAGCGGGCUUUGGUGGUGGUGCUCCUGCCACUCCACCUCGGCCCAGCGGCGGCUCGGGCUAUCGAGGCGGCGGUGCUGGCUUCUCUGGGGGUGCAGGCGGUGCUGGCGGCGCUGGGUACAGCUCAGAGAAGGCGCCGUCGCAGCGUGCAGCCGGCGGUGGCUAUCUCAUCGUCAAAUGCCCAGACCAGCUGACCCACUCCAAUUGCCUCGUCAUCAACCCUCAGGAGUGGGGGUCCACCCAGUAUGUGUUGGUCGAUGGCAUGUACGUCUUCACUGCUCGUUCCGACUCAACAGGGACGAUCCAGCCAGGAACACUCGGCACUGCGAUGCUGCAGCGAAGAUGGGCUGGCCUGUCCAUCCAGGGUCAGACGGUGCAAGCGGAGAGCUACGACCCCUUCGCUUUCGGCAACAGCGUCUACCUCGGCAGCAUCGACAUCGAGGUGGCUUACCUUAGUAAAGGCGAAGUCGCACCGCAAGCCUACGACACCGGUGACAUGGCCAAGAAGUUCACAAAGGCGUUCGAGAACCAUAUCUUCACGGUCGGACAAGUGUAUGUCUUCGAAGUACAGGGCAUGAACCUGGUAGCAACGAUCAAGGGCGUAGAGGUCGUCGAGCUGCACGAGAUCCAGCAGCGAGGGCAGGCUGGUGCCCAUGGAGCAUCCCAGCCAAGCCGAUCUGAUCGUGGUCUCCUGAUCGCUCAGACAGAGAUCAACUUCUCCGCCGCACAGAAUGGCGGUGUCAAGCUCAAGGCAUCCGGCAACCGUCCUCCUCCCAACGCGAUCCUGCAGCCCAACUUCAAGUUCGAAGAUAUGGGCGUUGGUGGUCUCGACAAGGAAUUCGCCAACAUCUUUCGACGAGCUUUCGCAUCCCGUAUCUUCCCACCAGCGCUCGUCGAGAAGCUCGGCAUUCAGCACGUCAAGGGUAUGGUGCUCUACGGUCCUCCCGGUACAGGUAAGACGCUGCUGGCACGACAGAUCGGAAAGAUGCUCAACGCUCGCGAGCCCAAGAUCGUCAACGGUCCCGAGGUGUUCAACAAGUACGUCGGUGGAAGUGAGGAGAACGUGCGCAAGCUGUUUGCCGACGCUGAAGCAGAGCAAAAAGCCAAGGGAGACGAGUCGCAGCUGCACAUCAUCAUUCUGGAUGAGCUCGACGCCAUGGUGAGGCAGCGUGGCUCCGGUGGUGCCGGCGCGACAUCGGCUGGUGACAACGUCGUCAAUACGCUCUUGGCCAAGCUCGACGGUGUUGAACAGCUCAACAACAUCCUCGUCAUUGGUAUGACCAACCGACUCGACAUGAUUGACGAAGCGCUCCUGCGUCCUGGCCGUCUCGAGGUGCACGUCGAAGUGAGUUUGCCGGACGAAUUCGGUCGUCGCCAAAUCCUCAACAUCCACACGAGCAAGAUGCGCACCAACGGCGUCAUGGACACCGAUGUCAACAUCGACGAGCUGGCGGGGCUCACCAAGAACUUCUCCGGUGCCGAGAUUGCGGGUCUGAUCAAAUCGGCGACGUCGUUCGCCUUCAACCGCCACGUCAAAGUGGGCACCAUGGCGGGCAUCUCCAACGACGUAGAGAACAUGAAGGUGCAGCACCAGGACUUCCUCAACGCUCUCGAAGAAGUCAAGCCAGCCUUUGGUGUUGCCGAAGAAGAGCUCUCGCAAGUCGUCCAGAACGGCAUCAUGCACUUUGCGCCGCACAUCGAUGUCAUCCUACGCGAUGGACAUCUUCGCGUCGAGCAGGUGCGGACGUCGCAACGUACACCUCUCGUCACCGUCUUGCUGCAUGGCCCGCCUGGUUCGGGCAAGACGGCGCUCGCUGCCACCAUCGCCAUCGCAUCCGACUAUCCGUUCAUCAAGCUCAUCUCGCCCGAAAGCAUGAUCGGCAUGGGCGACGCUCAAAAGAUCAACUACCUCAACAAGGUUUUCAACGACGCGUACAAGUCGCCCCUCUCGAUCAUUGUCAUUGACAACAUUGAAAAGAUUGUCGAGUGGGUACGCAUUGGGCCUCGGUUUUCGAAUUCGGUGCUCCAAGCGUUGGCCGUGCUGCUGGGCAAGCGACCGCCAAAGGACAAAAGGCUGUUGGUGUUGGCAACCACAAGCAACCGCCGCAUGCUGCACGAGAUGGAGAUGCUCAAUGCCUUCAUCGCCGAGAUUCGGGUGCCCAACAUCACGAGUUUGCGCAGCGUCGACCACGUCGUCAGGCAGAUGCAGCUGUUUGAUGAUGAAGGGGACAAGCAAAGGUGUCUGCAGCUGUUGGCCCAGGCGGGAUUGGGUGAAGAGGGAAAGUUGAAUAUUGGCGUCAAGAAGCUGCUCAGCGAGAUCGAGAUGGCUAGGUUGGAUAACGAUCCCGCAGAUAGAUUGGCCAGUAGUCUGUCGAGCGUGCAGAGCGGCGCGAUUGAUGUGGAUAUUGAUGUGGAUCUCAACUAG